CUAAAGCCAUACUUGAGGAGUACUGUUUACUAACAACCAAAUUAGAAAUGGGGGUAGAAAACGCAUGUCAUUUCAUAACUUUUUUAUUUUAAAUUAUCUAUUGUUAUUUUGUAAAAUAAUAUUCAAAAUAUAGUAACUAUAACUAAUUGUUUUAAGCUUAUUUAUCAUAUUUAUUUUCAUUAAUUUAAGAACAAGUUCAUUAUAAUUAUUAUUACUUGUGAAAUGACUAGCUAUUUAUACCCUCAUUUUUAAUUUGUUUGUUGGUAAACAGUACUCCUCAAGUAUGGCUUUAGUAUAAUUAUUAUUUACUCAACUUCGAUGGUGAUGGUUAGGCCUUGUUAUAACUUUACCUAACAAGUCAAUAAUUAAAAAAAAGUUUACUUUACUCUUUCAGAUAGACUGUCUAUAUAGGUGUAUGUUGCAACGCAGCAUACACUAUGUACGUAUCAAUGCCUACGCCUGGAAAGUGAAAGGAACCGAGGAGCAGCAGGCUUGACUUGUGGAGUAAGAUGGCGAAUGCGUUACGAAAAUUGUAAUCGUAGCUAAAGAAGUUUUACUUCAGUCGUGUGGUUUAAAGCAGUCGGUUUUUUAUCUUUCGAGCUACGGAACCCUAAAAACGGUCAAAGUCACCGUUAUCUGCUUAUUGUAAUAAUAAAAUAGACCCUCACCUUGAUCUUUCGAUAGGUAUAAAAAUUACGAACACAAAGAUAACAUGGUCCAGUAAUACAUUGCAAGUGCCAUUGAAACUUGUUGAAUUGUAAGACAAAAUGUCUUUCGAAAACAAAGUGGUACUUGUAACUGGUGCCGGAUCAGGUAUCGGCAAAGCUAUCGCCCUGCACUUUGCAAAGUUGUCCGCAAAGUUAUCACUAUUGGACAGAGACGAUGAAAAUGUAGAAAAAACUGCAAAGAGUUGCGAAACACUAGGAAAAAGUAAAGCUAUUAAAAUUGUUGUCGAAAUGACUAAUGACGAAGACGUGAAACGAGCUGUAGAAAAAACUGUUGAAGAAUUUGGAAAAAUCGAUGUCGUUGUUAAUUGCGCUGGCGUUCUGUCCAUCGGCGGUAUAAUAGAAGAGGGCUUUAUACGAGACUUUGAUAAAGUUAUGAAUGUCAACAUCAGAUCUGUUGCAGUAAUAACUCAUUAUGCAGUCCCAGUAUUGAUCAAAAGUAAAGGAUGUAUUAUAAACAUAGCAAGCAUUUGUGCUAAGUUAAUUGAAAAGAAAAGUGUACCAUACACAACUUCGAAGGCAGCUGUUGUGCAAUUCACAAGGAAUGUAGCUUUAGAACUAGCAGAAGAAGGAGUUAGGGUAAACUCCAUUUCUCCGGGAUUCGUUAACACGAAUCUUUGGGCGACCCAUGCGAGCCCAGAAGUUAAUAAGAACUUAAAAAAGAAGGAUGCACCACUUAAGCAUGUUUUGCAAGCUGAGGAAAUCGCUGAUAUGACCGUUUAUUUGGCUAGUGAUAAAGCGAAAAGCAUAACUGGGGCUGACUUUGUUAUUGAUUCCGGAUAUUCUCUGUUGGGAUCGCAACUAAAAGAAGAUAUGUAAGUGUAGAUAAAUUAUUAAAAACAUCAUAGACCUUUAUGACAAAGAAUAGUGUGUACAAAUUAAACUGAUUUAUUAU